AUGCCGCGCCUAAUCCGACGCAAGCCGUUCGUCGAACGCAUGAAGGGCUACCUCAACCCGAUGGACUGGUGGCUUUGGGCAUCUGAGGAGAUGGAGACCAGCGACUGGGACUCCGACUCUUCGGGAUACGGCAUCGGUCUCACGCUCAACUUUAUCUUCCUGCUUGCUCGCGCAAAUUCCGGUCCUUCGACAUCGAACGACGAUAUCUUUGGGGAUGGCACUGGUCCAGGAUGGUUUUCCUGGCUUGUCCAUCCUCUUGUAUGGGUUCUAGUUGCGAUCUCGCUCGCGAACGGCUUCGAUACAAUGGCCCGGACCCGCAAGUACCGACUUUUCUCCGCCAACGUCGAGGUCAAGCCUGCUACGUCCUCUGUCCAGCGCGUGAAGAGGGAUUCGGCGCCUGCAGGCUCCUCGCCUCUCCGCUACCUCGGCCAAAUGCUUGCGCCUGAAUCGGCCGAUGCCCGUGCACACCCAGACAAGAAUGAGGAUGUCUGGGAGCUAUCGAUAUGGGACCCGCGUGCCUUCUCUCUGUGCAUAUUCUCGGUGUUCAGUCCUGGCCAUGUGCUAGUCUACUGGCUGUUUCUUCCGAUAGGAUCGCUCGACACACAGCCUAGCGUGACCGUGUUCACGACUCUUCUGCUUCAGGCUGCACUCUCGGCGCAGAUCGUGAUUGGGAAAUCGUUGUUCACACAGCAGGCUAAGGACCAUGCUAUCAUUCAAAAAGAGGUGUUCCACGAAUACGACUCACAAUACGUGCACCCGCGCAUGCACCCCGUCGUGAGAGAUGUUGGCACACAAGUGUCAGAGCAACAGCCGCCCAACGCUCGAGAAUUCGUCGAAGUCGGGACGCCGACCACAUUCAUCAACGCCGGCUUCUACAGCAGGAGCCAAACUCGCGCCACACCAGAUCAGUUUACACCCAGUCGCACAAAUGUCCUGGGCUCCCAGAUGUUCACACCAAAGACCGUCGGCAGGCAAUCCGACAUGCCUCAGUCUGCUACGCAGUCCCGGCCUUCGCCGUCACGCCAGAGCAUGCCUGCGAAUUACUACAGCAGCUCUACCUCGGUACAACCACUUCCGCUUUCUUCGACCACGGCGAAUCUCAGCAGCAAGGGUGGAUACCUGGGCGCCUACUCUCACGAAAGGUCGCCUUUGAAGCACUCUGCUAGUCUGGGAAGGCUCAACAGCUCCCACAAUGUCGAAUCGCCCCGCAAUUCACGCGAAAUGACCGCAUACGAGACAGAGAGGAGUGAGAUGGGCAAGCAGAACGCGAUUGUCAAGAACAGUCCGGGGCGGAUGUCAAGCACUCCAGGCUACUCUAGGCCAAAUCCUUUUGUUGGCCAGGCUCGGCCAGAUGCGGCCCGUGCCACCGAAGCGAAGGAGAGGUUCCCAAAGAUGCGAGGAGCAUAUUAUUAA